AUGGUGAUCGUUGCUAUUACCCUAAUAACAUUAUUCCAACCUAGCCUCGCGUAUAAAAUCUUAGUAUACAACCCACAAAUUGGUCAUAGCCAUGUCAGUUUUAUGAAUCAGAUUGCUGACACAUUGGCUGAAGCUGGACACGACGUCCUAGUAUACUUACCAGCGAUUAACAAAGAUGUGAAUAACACUGAUACUAAAUUGGCUAGAACUUUAAUUCGUCCCCUAGACUUUCCAAGUGAAUUCCACAAAAAUCGGUCCAGAUACUGGAAUCAGAGAGAAAAUUCAAUAGUCGAUAUCUGGAAGCUAUUUCUCAGAUUCGGACUUCCGUUACGACAACUCUGCAAAAGACAACUAGCAGACCAAAACCUGCUUAAAAAAUUAAGAAAUGAAAAAUUUGACGUUGCCAUUGGUGAAACAAUGGAUCGGUGCUUUUAUUUGCUCGUCAGAGCUCUCGAUAUUCCUGUUCAUUUGUCGGCUUUUGCGACACCGAUACUAGAAGGAAACAUUAUUCCUUUCGGAAUCCCAAACCCUCCAAGUUAUGUUCCAGGUAACUCAUAUGUUGACAGAAAGUACUUACAGCCAUUUCACUUGCAAAUGGGGAUUAAGAAGGAGAGAAAUUUGUUUCAUCGAUUGUUUACAAGAUGCAUUACUUGGCUCAGUGAUGAAAUGACUUACGCUGAGCGGAUUAUCAAUUUCUCCUUCUACAUGUUUAUGAAGCUCAUGUUUUACAAAUCUCUCAGUUUCUACGAAGCUAUUGCAUUAGAAAAUUUGAACAAGAAAGUCGAUUUGAGGUCUAGAAUUAACUUUUGGGUGAGGGCUUACAUGAAAAAAUUUUGCCAUCACUUUGGAACUUUUACAAUUCCAGAGGAAGCAAAACGAGAAACAAUGGCGCAGACUGCUUUUGUUUUUGUUAACAAUGUUGAGUUUAUCGAAUUCCCACGACCAAUCACCAGUAAAGUUCUCUACAUUGGCGGUAUUGGAGUCGAAGAACCCAAUCCUCUUCCUAAGGAACUGAAGAGACUUAUGGAUGGACUUGAAAACGGUGCUGUAUUGGUAUCCUUUGGAACGCUCGCUCGUAGUUCUGAAAUGCCAAAGGGCGUCAAAAACGCUGUGCUAGAAGCAUUCAGAGUGUUGAAAAAUGUAACAUUUUUAUGGAAAUAUGAAGACGACGGUAAUGAUACCCUUAAUCUGCAAAAUGUUAUCGCAAAAAAAUGGUAUCCUCAAAGUGACCUUCUCGGGCAUCCCAACCUGAAGGGCUUUUUAUCACAUUGCGGUUUGAAUAGUGUCAUGGAAAGCACCCACAGGGGAGUGCCUAUUGUAUGCGUACCAUUGUUCGCUGAUCAAGGACGUAAUAGUAAAAUGGUUGAGAAGAGGAAAGUUGGCGUGAUGCUAAACAAGGAAUUGAUCUCUGGGAAAAUGCUUAUUAAUGCACUUGAAAGAAUACUCUAUGAUACAAACAUUCGGAAGUCGGCUAAACGUCUGGCAUCACUUCUUGAAAAGAGACCUUUCUCACCAAAGAAGAUGGUCACCAAAUAUGUUGAGUUUGCUGCAGAAUUUGGGCAAACCGAUCACCUUUCAUUAGCUAGCGAAAAGCUAAAUUUUUUCCAACUAUAUUCACUUGAUAUCAUCAUUCCCUUUUCUCUUAUAUUUCUUCUAUUUCUUUACUUAGCAUUUUGCAUAUUUUUAUUUACGAAAUUUUGGUCAGAUAGACUUAGAAUGACAUUUCCAAAUAACUGUAUUUUGAAGAAAAAGUGGAACUGGGAACAGUCUGUUACACUUCAGACGGAAAUGAUUCAGAAAAGCGAACAACAGAGUCCGUUAAUACAAGUGGCCGGCAGAAAGCGUGAAUAUGGGAGGCACUGUGCAGCAAUUCUACAUCCGAUUGCCAACGGUUGUCGUCCAUUUGCACAACGAUGUGGAACCUGA